AUGUUCAAUAAACCUUUAUUUCAUUUGGUUUUAAUUAUUUCUUUUUUGCCUAUUAUUUUUUGUGCUACAAGGUCGAAAAAUUUAUUGGCAUUGAGUGAGGAGAAUUGGCGUGAUAUUCUCACUGGAGAAUGGAUGAUUGAAUUUCACGCUCCAUGGUGUCCGGCCUGCAAAGAUCUUCAAAAGGCAUGGAAUUCUUUUGCCGAUUGGUCGACGGAUUUAAACAUAAAUGUCGCAGAAAUUGACGUGACUACCAAUCCGGGUCUUUCUGGCAGAUUCCUUGUCACUGCUUUGCCGACAAUUUAUCAUGUGAAGGAUGGCGUUUUUCGCCUUUAUGUUGGUCCACGUGACAAGAAUGAUUUCAGCACGUUUAUUGAAGAAAAGCAAUGGACAAACUUUGAUCCAAUUCCUUCUUACAAAUAUCCAGACAGUCCGCAAAUGGGAAUUGUGGCUAUUUUCUUUAAACUUUCAAUGGCUGUUCGCGAUCUUCACAAUCAUAUGGUUGAAAAGCUUGGUGUUCCUUCGUGGGCUUCUUAUACGCUUUUUGCUGGAGUUACUUUAGCACUUGGAUGUGUUCUUGGAUUUAUAAUUGUCUGCAUCAUUGAUUAUGUUUUUCCUACGGGAGCUUAUGCCAAAAAAUUAAAAGAAGCUGAAAAGAAAAGGCAACAGCAACAUACGAAAUCAUCUCAAAAAGGUAAAUUUAUCAAUGUAUUUAUUUUUCUAUUCUUUUACUUAGAUACUUGUGAAGCAGAUUCUUCGUCUAAAGCGGAUACCAAGAAAACUAAAUAA